GAAAAGAAUAGAAGAAUAAGAGAGGGUGAAAAAGUGAGAUAAGAGAGGGUGAUUAUAUAUGUGCCUGUGCGUUAAAGAAUCGGUAAAUUAAGAGAGAGAGGGGGAGAGAGAGAGAACAAGAGAUAAAGAUGAUAUAUACGAGAAAACAUUGAAACCUAUGCUCCGGGUCUAUUUAAUCUUAUCUACACUGUUACGGCGGUAUUUUAAGCCCCCUAUUAAUCAUCGUUAUUGCAGCUAGUGCAUCUAAUCGGGAAUAUUGUAGUCAUACAUUAUACGUCUUGUUACAUUGGUUGAAAUAUAACUAGACCCAAGCCAUUUAAACCAGACAUACGUAAUAAUCACACACACACACGCAUACACACAUACACACACAUAUUGCAUAUGUUGUAGCAGUAACAACAGUGCAGUGUUGUUAUUUCAUAGAGAAACUGGCCGUUGUUCAAAACUGACAGACCUGGAUUAAUAAACGACAAAGGUUCAGUUCUGCUGCCAGACAUGCAUCCAAUAGCAACUUUUAUACUAGGCAGUGAAGUUUUCCAUGCUAUGACUCAUAGUAUGGUGUUGUUUAGACUUCGACUUUUACCCAGAAAGGACCUUGUACAAGUCAACUACUAUUUUGUGUUUGAUCUUCUGUCAGUAUUCUUUGCAUCAUUUCUUGUACUUCAACGCUUGCAAUGGCUUGCUUGUAUACAAAUGGCACAACAUCUGUACUAUAUUGUGUUUUGGAACAAAACUUCUCUGGCAAAGAAAAUAAUAAGCUGGAGUUCAUUAGAUUGGAUCAAGAGUAAAUACAAUGAAAAAUGGGAGUUUGAUAACAUACUGGGAACAGCUUUUGAUUUAGCUGUGCAUAUUACCUUCAGCUAUCUACUUUCAAAAACACUAACAUUUACGGAAAUAGUUGUUGGAGUGGCUAUGGCAUCAUUUCUUCUAAAUUUUGUAAUGUUUUCCAAGAGAUUUGCCUGGAGCAAUCCCCAAAAUAUACCAUCAUGGGUUGAGAAAAGAAUACAACCUUUAGGGCCCUGGUGGAAUUAAUUUCUUUCUUUUUUUUUUGUGUCUAAAAGAAAUUAAAGAUAAAAUAAGUAAAUUAAGGUUGUAUCAAAUAGCUUAGAAAAGAGAAACUGAUAUUUUAGCUAUAAUUUAACAUUGAUUGUCUAUAUAGUUACUUUAAAUACACCUCUUUUAAAGUUGAGUAUAAUAAUUAUUGUGCAUACUGCCAAGAUAUUUUAUGGGAUUUUGUAACAUUCAUGCUUAUAUAGAAUACAAAUUAAACUGAGGUGUAGAGAAGGAUUUAGGGAGUAUGGCUACACUAUUACAACACUAUAUAAAAAAAACAUUGAUAAUGUUGAAAUGAGACAAACAUAAGUGAAAUUAAUUUCUUUUUUAAACCGGUGAUUGCUUAAUUUGAUUUACCAAAGAA